AUGUCGUUCGGAGGAAAGAUUUAUCAAGAUUUGACCACAGAGGAGAGCUCACAUUCUCCUCGCCAAUCAUUUGGUCAAGGUCUGUUUACCGAAAUUGGGAGAAAUAGGUUUCAACACCACCGACUGGUUAUACUAAGUCUGGGUCUGCUAAAUGCUGCUCUGCUCAUUUCUGCUGCUGUCAUUGGGAUUUAUUGUGCUAAUGCCAAAGACCUUCAGAUUCCUGAUUUGGCAGCUUCACCCCUUCUUGUUGAGGUGAACUUUCUCCGCAACCACACAGGGAUAAUAAGAGAAAAACUGGAGGCUCAGAGAACGCUGGCGAACGAGCGCGUCAACCAUGUGCAACUAAAGCUGCAAGUGAGGCAGAAGAGGACUCUGACAGACAACCUUCAGAGGCAAAUAGCCAAGUUGCAAACAGAGAAGACAAAUCUGAAGUCCAAUACAUCUGCUUUUGAGAAAAGCUGUGGGAGAUGUCCAUCAGGGUGGAUCCUGCUUAAAACAUCCUGCUACUACUUUUCUGAAUUUGAACCUGUUGCAAGGAAGAACUGGUCAGAUAGCAGAGCAGACUGCAUUCGCCAAGGAGGUGACCUGCUGGUGAUCAACAACUUGGAGGAACAGCAACUCAUAAGUACUAAUUUCAUAAGAAUAGACAGCAGCAGCAUGUGGUGGAUGAAUGGUUUCUGGAUCGGCCUUACUAAUCUGCAACAUCAGGGGAGAUGGACAUGGAUAAGCAAUGUGACUGACGCAUCCGUAAUGUACUGGAGAACCGGGCAACCCACUGAAACUGGACAUCAGAGUGGAAACUGUACUGCGUUUCAUUAUUACGGAGACCCUAUGAAGACUUGGUAUAAUGGAGACUGCCAGCAGCUUCUACUUAACUGGAUCUGUGAGAUGUCAUUGAGCAAUGUGUAAAAA